AAGCGCUUGAAUCUACCACGACGUAACUCCGCGCCUGCGCAGAUACAGCGUAUGUUGAUGUUCUCGAACGCGCUCGGAAUGACGUGUUUUGUUGUAGAUGGUUGUGUGAAAAGGAGAAAUCCCUACAUUCCGCAUGGAUUUAUCAAUCUCCAUCCUGUCUUCUGUAGUGACAGCGCUCUCCUGCUGUCUGCGGACUCCACACGCAUCGGUAACAAGUGACUGAAGAGUCUAGUGAGGCUCAAACUCGAUGUUCCCGUGACUUUGGAUCCUCAUUUCGCAUGAAAGCGGAGGAAUGGCGUGGAGGGCUGAUCUGUGUCAUGUGACCCUCGGGGUCGAGGGCAUGACCUGCGGCUCCUGCGUUCAGUCCAUUGAGGGCCGGAUUGGGGCUCUGCCGGGGGUCAUUCAUAUACAGGUGUCUCUGGAGCAGAGGAACGUAACGGUGACGUAUGAACACACUCGGCACAGUCCAGAAUCCUUAGCAGAAGCCAUUGAAGACAUGGGCUUUGAGUGCAGUCUUAUUAAUGCUUCAGUCCGAACAGAAAGCCCAGUCUUCAGCACAGACUCGGUCCAGCGGCUCGGGGACGUGAUGAGCUGCUUGGCUCCUGAAGCACAGGAAGGGUCGAGUCCUCGCUCCUCCGGAGGAGUCCAAGCGGUGAAAAUACGUGUCGAAGGAAUGGUUUGUCUGUCCUGCACUACAACCAUAGAGGGCAAGAUCGGGAAGUUAAAAGGCAUUGAGAAGAUCAAAGUCUCUCUCGAGUCCCAGGAGGCCGCUGUCCUCUACCAGCCUCGCGUCAUCACGCUGGAUGAGAUCGUGAACCAAAUCGAGGUGUCUGGUUUCAAAGCCAUUGUUAAAUCCAAGCCUCGUCAGUUAAAGCUUUCAGCAAGUGAAGUCGAGCGCCUGCUCAGCGCUCACAAACAGACAGAGGAGAAGCUUUCAGAGCCGUCCACAGACUCCAGCAUCACUACAGUGAUUCAGGUCACACAAGAACACACACAGAACACACAAGCUACGAUUGAACACAACCCAAAACAGACCUCAGCGCUGGAGCUACAGAAGGCCAUCGAAGCCCUUCCUCCAGGGGACUUUAAAGCUGUCCUCCCAGCUUCCCCGGAGCCAGGCUUCCUCCAGCCGCUGGGAUCAGUCGCAGAGAUCCACAUCGAGGGCAUGACCUGUGGCUCCUGUGUCCAGUCCAUCGAGGGCCUGAUCUCCCAGAAGAGAGGAGUGAGAUCCGCCCAAGUGUCACUGGCCAAUCAUCAGGGAACCUUUGAGUUUGACCCUUUAGUGACCACUUCUGAGGAGCUGAGGGCCGCUAUAGAGGACAUGGGCUUCGACGCUUUUCUCCCUGAGACAAAUUCAUUGGUGACUUCAGUGGUGAGAAGCCCAUCGCCGCCAGCGCCGUCUGUCUGGGGCUCGUCGUUAUCUCCGGUCCGGUCAGCCGUGAAAAAGACUGAAGCAGAGAGUGACGCUGAAACAAACACCGUCUCCAAAUGUUUUAUCCAGAUUGGUGGAAUGACCUGUGCCUCCUGCGUGGCCAACAUCGAGAGGAACCUGAAGAACGAGCACGGUGUUCACUCAGUCUUGGUUGCAUUGAUGGCUGGUAAAGCCGAGGUUCGCUACAGCCCCUCGAUCAUCGAUCCUCAGAGAAUAGCAGAGUUUAUCCGAGAGCUCGGCUUCACGGCGUCAGUGAUGGAGGAUUACGACGGCUCUGACGGGACCCUGGAGCUUGUGGUCAGAGGGAUGACAUGUGCCUCCUGCGUUCACAAAAUCGAGUCUAACCUGACGAAGCAGAAGGGCGUCCUCUAUGCUUCAGUUGCAUUGGCAACUAAUAAAGCCCACAUCAGAUACGACCCAGAAGUGACCGGCCCGAGAGACGUGAUCCGAUGGAUAGAGAGCUUGGGAUUUACAGCGUCUCUGGUGAAGAAAGAUGGUCCUGGGAGUCACUUGGAUCACAGCCGUGAGAUCCGACAGUGGAAAAGAUCGUUCCUCAUCAGCUUGUUUUUCUGCGUGCCUGUCAUGGGCAUGAUGAUCUACAUGAUAAUCGUUGAUCACCAUAUCGAGAUGUCCCACCACCACAACGCCUCGGCCGAAGACAGAGAGAAGUACCACUCCGCCAUGUUCCUGGAGAAACAGCUGCUGCCGGGCCUCUCCAUCAUGAACCUGAUCUCGUUUCUCUUCUGUGUCCCCGUUCAGUUUAUCGGUGGCCGGUAUUUCUACUGUCAAGCCUAUAAAGCCGUCAAGCACAGGACGGCCAAUAUGGAUGUGCUGAUUGUUCUGGCCACAACGAUUGCAUUCACAUACUCCGUGGUGAUAAUCCUGGUUGCCAUGAUCGAAGCAGCCAAAGUGAACCCCAUCACGUUUUUCGAUACUCCACCCAUGCUGUUUGUCUUCAUCUCGCUGGGCAGGUGGCUGGAGCAGAUAGCAAAGAGUAAGACGUCGGAGGCUCUGUCCAAGCUGAUGUCUUUACAGGCCACAGAGGCCACUGUUGUUACACUGAAGGAAGACAUGUCUGUGUUAAGCGAGGAGCAGGUGGAUGUGGAGCUGGUUCAGAGAGGAGACGUUGUGAAGGUUGUGCCCGGAGGGAAGUUUCCAGUCGAUGGCCGAGUGAUCGAAGGACACUCGAUGGCAGACGAGUCUCUCAUUACAGGUGAAGCCAUGCCCGUGACGAAGAGGUCGGGGAGCACCGUGAUCGCGGGCUCCAUCAAUCAGAACGGCUCUCUGCUGAUCGAAGCCACUCACGUGGGCACAGACACCACGCUCUCGCAGAUCGUCAGACUGGUGGAGGAGGCGCAGACCUCGAAGGCUCCCAUCCAGCAGUUAGCGGAUAAGAUCAGCGGAUACUUCGUCCCGUUCAUCGUUGCCGUGUCCUUCCUGACUCUCGUAGCCUGGAUUCUGAUCGGCUUUGUGAACUUUCCUCUUGUGGAGAAGCAUCUCCCCGGUUAUGAUAAGAGCAUCUCUGAGGCCGAAGCCGUCAUCCGCUUCGCCUUCCAGGCCUCCAUCACGGUCCUCUGCAUCGCCUGCCCGUGCUCUCUGGGUCUGGCCACCCCGACCGCGGUGAUGGUGGGAACCGGUGUGGGAGCCCAGAACGGGAUCCUCAUCAAGGGAGGAGAGCCGUUAGAGAUGGCACACGAGAUUCAGACUGUGGUGUUUGAUAAAACGGGCACCAUCACGUACGGCGCUCCUGAAGUGGUCCAGGUGAAGAUGCUGACGGAGGGGAACCGGAUGCCACGCUCCAAGCUGCUGGCGAUCAUCGGCUCUGCUGAAAAUAACAGUGAACAUCCGCUGGGGGCUGCCAUCACCAAAUACUGCAAACAGGAGCUGGGGACGGAGGCUCUCGGCACCUGUACUGAUUUCCAGGCCGUGCCGGGUUGUGGGAUGAAGUGUGUGGUCAGUAACACAGAAAACCUGCUGAAGAGAGACCACGGAGACAGCGAGGAGAACCAGAACAGUGCUGUCUUGAUCCAGAUCAGCCACACCAGCAGUGACCAGCCGCUCACUGUCGUCCAGAUGUCCUCGUUCACGGUGCUGAUAGGGAACAGAGAGUGGAUGAGGAGGAACGCGCUGCAGGUGCGAGCAGACGUGGAUGAAGCCAUGACGGAGCACGAGAAGAGAGGACGCACUGCGGUGCUGGUGGCUGUGGACCAUGAGCUUUGUGCAUUGGUGGCUAUAGCGGACACGGUGAAGCCUGAGGCGGAGCUAGCCGUGCACACUCUCACAGCGAUGGGGCUGGAGGUCGUGCUCAUGACGGGAGACAACCGCAGAACCGCCCGAGCCAUCGCUGCACAGGUGGGCAUCAGGAAGGUGUUUGCAGAAGUCUUGCCAUCGCACAAGGUGGCGAAAGUGGAGCAGCUCCAGCUAGCGGGCAAACGUGUGGCGAUGGUGGGCGACGGAGUGAACGACUCUCCAGCGCUGGCGAUGGCUGAUGUGGGGAUCGCUAUAGGCACAGGAACAGAUGUAGCCAUCGAGGCAGCCGACGUGGUGCUCAUCAGGAAUGAUCUUCUUGAUGUUGUUGGGAGUAUCGACCUUUCAAACAAGACCGUGAAAAGAAUCCGAAUCAACUUUGUAUUAGCCCUGAUCUACAAUCUGGUGGGGAUUCCCAUCGCUGCAGGUGUGUUUAUGCCGUUGGGUUUGGUGCUUCAGCCGUGGAUGGGCUCUGCUGCGAUGGCUGCGUCCUCCGUCUCUGUAGUGCUCUCCUCUCUUCUACUCAAAUGCUACACUAAACCCAGCGCUGAGACACUGCAGAGACGUCUGGGAGAGGUCAGGAAACACCGAAGCCUGUCUGAAGUCAGCGUUCACAUCGGGAUGGGACAGCUGCGCCAGUCAUCGCCCAAACUCGGUCUGCUCGACCGCUUCGUCAACUACAGCCGGGUCUCCAUCAGCUCGCUGCGCUCCGACAAGCACUCGAUGAACGGCAUGGCUCUCAGUGAACCUGACAAACACUCUCUGCUGAUGGGAGACGCUUCCUGCGACGAGGAGUUCAUCUGAGUGGCUCUCACGUUACCUCACUGCCUUUAGACGAGGGACAUCCGUGUCAAAACCCCAAAUUCAGUGGCCUUAUUACAGGUUUGUCACGGUGAUGCUGCACGGAUCAGCUCACACCGCUUUCAGAUCCUCUCCGUUUACAUUACCAGUAUUCCCGCUGGCCAAUUUAAAGGGAUAGUACACCCAAAAAUUACAAAAAAAAUGUAAAUAAAAAACAAUAGUUUGCAGAAUGUCGAUAGGGACCGGAAACUGUUUGGCUUCCAGCAUUAUUCAAGAUUUAUUUUACUGAGUUCAGCAGAAACUAUUACAGAUGUAACACAAUUUGAUAUGGAAUAUAUGGCAGAAUUUAAAAAAAAAAUCGGUGCACUGUCACUUUAAGAAAAUGACAAUCCACUUACAAAACAACUUCAAAUCAGUUUUAUUUGUGCGAAAACAGCAGUUUAAAAGUGAUUGUGCUUUAUGAUAAUGAUUUAAGUGAAUAUUCAUUCCGUCUUUUAUUUAUAAGACACUGAAGGAAUGUGAGGAUUUCUUUUAAAAGUGAAGGAAUGUUUUUAUAUUCUUCGAGUGCAUUCCAAAGAAAACAGCGUUCAUUAACGCUAAACCAUUAUAAGCCUCUUUAAGAUGUUAUAUUCAUAUUCAUUGCAUAUCAAUUAUAUCGUUGAGCUGCCUUUGCUACACUUAAAUGUGCAUUACCUUGUCAACUUUGCUUUUAAAUGUUUUAUUUUUUUAAUCUUGACUUUAUUUGGAAGCCCAGUGGAUUGUGUGAACAGAGUUUGACUGGGCGCAGCCGCUUGUGCAUUAAUGCACUGAACAGAUGCAUGCAUUUUCCACACGUCACAGCAUGACCUGAAUCAGGUUACUGAUUAAUACAUUCAAAGCAUUUAUUUUCCAAUAUAUAUAUAUAUUUUUAAAUCAUCCAGAAGUUGUUUUGUAACCGUAUUAUUUAAGGUCAGUUCAACGAUGCAGUCAUCAAACGAAACAAGUGCACUCGUUAGUAAGUAAUGAUUAGUUGUUGCUUGUUUUUGCCAAACGUGUUCAGAUUAGAAAGACAAUGUAAACAUCCUAAAAUUGUGAUUGUUUUAAUAAGUAUUCUUAUUGUAGUUUAGCAUUAUAUUCUUUUAAUAAACGGCUAGUUUUCAAUAAGCCAA